AUGGCACAACAAAUGGUAGUGCGAUUAAACCAAUUGGCCUCACCGAUCAGAAUGACCGCCAACAUCAAUGCAGAACAGGUCCAAUUCCUAGAUCUCUCCAUUAUAGGUAAUGGUAGACUGGAAUACUGUUUGUUUACCAAGCCUAUGGACCGAAAAACACUACUGCAUUAUCAGAGUGCACAUCCUAAAACACUCAAGAACUCCCUACCAAAAGCGCAGUUCCUGCGUGCUAUCAGAAAUAAUUUGAACCCAGAAGUAAUGGAACAACAACUACAGAUGAUGACAACCAAGUUUUUGGCAAGAGGUUUUCCGCACCAAAUCUUACAAAAUGUGCUUCAAAAGCAAGAAAUGCAUGUGCAAGUGAGAAGGCAAUCAGCCCCACAAGAUUAG